AUGGCUGUUGCAAACGAGCUGAAUGAAGACCGCAAUGAGAUCGCUGAUAUUCAACUUCCGGAUAUGGCAAACAAUGGUACUGCCAACGGAGACACUGCUGAUGGCUCUGGCUUGGCCGCCAAAAGCAUGACUUUCGAGGAAAUACAUGCUCACAAAAGCACACUAAAUGGCGAAGUCUCACUUACCGGAGUGACCGAGGAUGUGCAACAUUUUCAAAGGGCAGCAAAAUCCUUCCUGGCAGUUCACCGUGAAGAAGUUGCGCAACGAGACCUCCGGAUUGAUCAACUCCGGAGCGAGUUGCUCCGACUUCAGCAAAUUACUCUUGAGAAUGGCGGACUUCCAGUCGAGAGUCAGUGCGACCAUAUCAACGCUGACGAUGAACAGCAGAAAGGCGAACAAGCCGUUGGAUUCAGUGAAAAACCAUCUGAUAUUGCGGUUGACAACGAUCUUGUGAAAGGCUCAGACGAGAGCACGACGGCCUUGGACAAAACCUUUCAUGGUGAAUCCGAGCAAGUGAAAAAUGAGAUGGAUAACACUUGGAACAAGUGCUUCAUUGUAGUGGAAAAUGCUUUGGAGGAAGAUCUGCCAGAAGAUUAUCUUGCCAAAUGGAACCCUGGCAAGUGGCCGACAUUAGAGGAGAGACUCCCACGAGUUGGUGCAGUCCUCAUGGCGAACUCAAAUGAUCCAGUGGCGAAGAAACUGCGGACUGUUAUCAUCAUGGCGCUAGUCGCACAAGCGUUGGAGGAGAACAUUCUUACCCCGAAUUACUUACUGGAGGAGGACGAUGAGCUCAGAUAUAUCCUGCGAUCACUAGUGGACAAUUCGAGAAAGAAUUCUCUGCGUACCUUGCUGCUAGCGGCUUCCGAGGAAGGAGACAGGAAAGCAGGAGUCAGAAGGAAGCGAGUAUCCGCAUCACUCGACGACAUUUCUCAAACACUCGAAACGCUCCUUCCCCCAAACAUAUUGGGGAAUCUUACCUCUGCACUCGAGUUCGAAUUGACCAAUACGACAUUGAGAUGGGAAAUAGUACAGUGUUAUGAAAAUCACUAUGAAGUCAACGCCUCUGUGACCCAGUCGCCUUGGGAUUGGAAAUCUGUUACGUUGACAGAUGGAUGUAUCUCCCUACUUGAUGUCAACUCGACUGCGUUUGCAGCAGACGAGGCAAUUCUGGUCGUGUUUCCAAGAGCGUGCGCCAUUGAUCGAUCAAGAAAACCGUCCUAUACGGCAGUUUUCCAUGGAAUCGUACUUCAAAAAUCCCAAGCAGAAUUUAGAGAAGCUGCGCGAUCGGAAAGAGAGUUGGCCGAAAGCAGCGCGGGUGACGUGAAAACAGAAGAUGUCACGAUGAGUAGCGAAGAAGCUGGUGUUGGAGAGAAAGAAAUUGACUAA